AUGGUUCGUGGCGUGGAAGGCAAUGAGAUGUCGACACCUCGCGCUUCACAGAAGAAGCAGCCCGCCUCCGCGUCGCAAUCGGCCAAGGGCCAAAAGUCCAUCCUAGGGUUCUUCCAGAAGAAGUCUACCAACUCACCAAGCCCCGCGCCGUCCGAUGCCACACCAGUCAAUAAGACGCCCACAUCAAAAUUGGCAAAGAAAGCCUUCGACAAGCCGCCUGUCGCCAUCACUCCCGUACCAAGCAGCGACGCUCCCGAUUACUCGAGUCCCAUCAAACAGGAGCAUGAAUUGACAGUGGGGAGGAGCAAGGAGAACAUACUGGCCAAGCAUACAGAUGCCAUUCCCAGUAGCCCAACACGCAAGGCACGAAAGCCCGUCAACUACGCCGAGUCAGAUGACGACGACGAAGAUGUGCUGGGUCCAAUUGCAAACAAUGCAAGAGGCAGAGCUACAAAACGCCAGCGGGUCACCAUCGAAGACGAUUCAGACGACGAGUUCGGAUUAGACGCGGCCACACAGAAGGCAAUGCUCGAGGAAGACGACGACGAUGUUGAUGACUUCGUUGUCCCAGACGAUUCCGAUGAGGAAGUCGUCUCGAAGAAGCGCAAACGUUCAGCAGCACCCAAGGCUCGUACUAAAACGUCCCCAGCAUCGUCACCGCCCAUAAUCGAAGCAAAGGAUGAAGAGGAUGAUGGAGACGUCGUCAUGAAUAGCACGUCUACCGCACAACAAUGGAUCUACGAUCCAGAAAAUCCGAUGGUAUUCAAACCUCGCACAGCCGUGCAAGCGACGAAGAAGGACCCCAGCAAGAAGAUUAAAGAACGACCGAGCGCUUCUGAACCCGAGACGAGAUACUCAUGGCUCGCCCAUCAGAUGGACGCUGACCGGCAUCCCGUCGAUCAUCCCGACUACGAUCCUCGCACACUAUACAUUCCCCCAGGUGCUUGGGACAAGUUUUCUGCGUUCGAGAAGCAGUACUGGGAGAUCAAGAGCAAGUGGUGGGAUACUGUCGUCUUCUUCAAAAAGGGCAAGUUCUACGAGCUCUAUGAGAAGGAUGCUUCUAUAGGCCAUCAGCUCUUCGAUCUCAAAUUGACUGAUCGGGUCAACAUGAGGAUGGUCGGUGUACCAGAGGCUUCCUUGGACAUGUGGGCUACCCAGUUUGUAGCAGCAGGCCACAAGGUUGCUAGAGUUGACCAAAUGGAGUCGGCUCUAGGCAAGGAGAUGCGUGAACGCGACGACAAAGGCAAGACUCCAAAGAAGGCUGGCAAGGAGAACAAGGUAAUCCGAAGAGAGUUAGCUACGGUGCUCACUUCGGGUACACUUGUGGAUACGGGCAUGCUUCAGAGUGAGAUGUCGACAUACUGUAUGGCCAUCAAGGAGAUCGAUCGCGACAACCUUCCAGCCUUUGGAAUCGCGUUCGUAGAUACUGCUACUGCCCAGUUUCAGCUCUGCGAGUUCACUGACGACGUCGACAUGACCAAGUUCGAAACCCUCAUCGCUCAGAUGAGGCCAGGUGAACUACUCCUGGAGAAGUCAUGCGUCUCUGCGAAAGCCCUGCGAAUACUCAAGAAUAACACGCCACCCACAACCAUCUGGAACUAUCUUAAGCCCAACAAAGAGUUCUGGCCAGCCGACAUCACCAUCCGAGAGAUUGAGGCGAAUAACUACUUUGAGUCACCCACAGAAGAUAACAUCGAAGCAUGGCCACCGGUCCUCCGCGAAGCCCGGCAGCAAGAGCUGAUCAUGUCAUCGUUUGGUGCUCUCCUACAAUACCUGCGAACGCUGAUGAUUGAGCGCGAUCUGGUCACACUCGGAAACUUCCAGUGGUACGACCCCAUCAGGAAAGCCACGAGUCUGGUUCUCGACGGCCAGAGCUUGAUCAACCUGGAGAUUUUCGCCAACACGUUCGAUGGAUCGACCGAGGGUACUCUGUUCGCUAUGCUGAACCGUUGCAUUACCCCAUUCGGCAAGCGAUUACUGCGACAAUGGGUCUGUCAUCCUCUCGCAGAUGCGGCCAAAAUCAACGCUCGCCUAGAUGCCGUUGAUGCACUGAAUGCCGAUUCUACCAUCAUGGACAAUUUCAGUGCAUCCCUUAGCAAGUUGCCAGAUCUUGAGCGUCUCAUUUCUCGUGUGCACGCGGGCCGAUGCAGAGCGCAAGACUUCCUCAAGGUGCUGGAGGGCUUCGAGCAAAUCGAAUAUACCAUCAGCCUGUUGAAGCAGUUCAGCGAGGGUGAAGGUAUCAUUGGUCAGCUCAUCUCUUCUAUGCCUGACCUGGCUGCGUCUUUGUCUAAAUGGAGCUCAGCUUUCGAUCGAGACAUCGCACGGAAAGAAGGGCUACUCAUUCCUGAGCCUGGCAUCGAAGAAGACUUUGACAACAGCCAGGAGGAGAUCGACACCUGCAAAGCAAAUCUCGAUGUACUCUUAAAGAAGGCCCGGAAAGAGCUCGGCUCUAACGCUGUUCAAUACAACGACAUUGGCAAGGAAAUCUACCAACUAGAGGUACCCAAGAAGGUCAAAGUUCCAAACAACUGGGACCAAAUGUCGGCUACCGCCAAGGUCACUCGAUACUACACUCCCGAAUUGAGGAAGCUGGUCCGAGCACUACAAGAAGCGCAAGAGACGCAUGGUCAGAUUACACGCGAAGUUGCAACUCGCUUCUGCCAACGCUUCGAUGAGGAUUACAAGGUCUGGCUCGCGGCAGUCAAGAUCAUCGCUCAACUGGAUUGCCUGAUCAGUCUCGCAAAGGCGUCUGCUUCACUCGGAGAGCCCAGCUGUCGUCCAGUCUUCGAGGAGGGCAAUCGAACCGUCGUUGAGCUAGAAGAGCUUCGUCACCCAUGCAUGCUCAACACAGUCGACGACUUCAUUCCCAACGACAUUAGACUAGGCGGCGACUCUGCCAACAUCAGCCUACUGACUGGUGCCAACGCAGCCGGUAAAUCGACUAUCCUUCGUAUGACUUGCAUAGCUGUCAUCCUCGCACAAGUCGGUUGUUACCUACCUUGCACAUCAGCCAGGCUCACACCUGUCGACCGCAUCAUGUCCCGUCUCGGAGCCAAUGACAACAUCUUCGCAGCUCAAUCCACCUUCUUUGUCGAGCUGUCCGAAACACAGAAAAUCCUUUCCGAAGCCACGCCCCGUUCACUUGUCAUUCUCGAUGAGCUCGGUCGCGGUACAUCUUCUUAUGACGGUGUGGCCGUUGCGCAAGCCGUUCUGCACGACAUUAGUACGCGCGUUGGCUGCGUGGGUUUCUUCGCCACUCACUACCGUUCUCUAGCUAAGGAGUUCGAGUUCCACCCUGAAGUCGUGAACAAGCGGAUGCGUAUCCAUGUGGAUGACGCCUCCAAAUCCAUCACCUUCCUCUACAAACUCGAAGAGGGUGUCGCGGAGGGCAGUUUCGGUAUGCACUGUGCGGCCAUGUGCGGUAUCCCGAGCAAGGUCAUCGAGAACGCAGAGAAGGCGGCUAGAGAGUGGGAGCACACGAGUAGGCUGGGAGAGAGAAUGGAAGUCAACAAGGACGAGGGUGGUGUUUACGUGCCGCUGGGUCUACAGAGUGACGUUGCUUGGACUCUCAGGGAGGGCUUGGAGGGAGUCGGUGAUCGGGCGCUGGAUGUGCUGCUCGAAGCCAUUUCUGCGCUCUGA